CAGCCCCUCACCAGGCUGCGCACCUCGCGCGUCUUAUCAUCCAUUUCCAUAACCAAAAAAAGCAGUGACCCUCCACGCGCACUGGACAAAUUAUGUGAGGACCAAUGAGCAUCUAGUCUGAUCAAAAGAACUGGGAGAACUGGGAAAAAACUACAACUAGGAGAGGGAUGAAACGGAAAUGGGCGUAUACCUGCCACCACAGAAAUGAGUGAGUCGCAGUCAAUUCACUCGUUGAAGCUUGUGUCUUUGGCCCGAUCGCUGUCCGGGCUCGGGCUCGACGCCGCCAAUGGAGGCCCCAUCAACCCCACUGAUCCCCCCGAGCCCCCGCCCCCGGAGUCAGGCAUCGAUUUAGGCCCUGGGCUUUUCUUUGAUGAUGGCAAGAGAAAAGUGGACUAUGUCCUUUGCUACAAAUACAAGAAAAGGCGAACGUCAAAGCACCGCCUCUCAAUAACAUCCAACGGGAGUAUUCCAAUAGUCAUACCCAGCCAAUGGGAGAGCGAGGCGGAGACUGGGGAGGCGAGAGCACCUGCAGUCGAUGUGGAGGAGUCGAAGCUGACGGAGGAGGAAAAGGCUUUGAUGAGGGAGGAGUUUGAGGCGGGACUCCUGGAGGCUGGACUGCAGAUAGAGCGUGACAAAGAGUUAAAUGGCCAAGGAUUUAUCCGGCUGCACAUCCCGUGGCCAAUCCUCAGCAGAGAAGCAGAGCUGCAGAAGAUCAAAGUUGCUGUGAAAAAGAAGCGCGAAUUGCGGAAGCGGCCGGGCGUCGCCGGGCUGUGGGAUUCCAUCGUGACCAAAGUCAACACGCCGUUUCAACCCGACGUCCCUGACUUUGACAUCCACAAAGACCCCCAGACACACGCCCACUUCAAAACCCUCAAACACCAUUUUAUCAGAGACAAGCUUCACCUCUACGACAUCAAAUCAACGGAAACCUUAUUUGAUAAUGCGACACGCAGCAGAAUAGUGGCUGAGAUCAUUUCACGCACUUCCUGCAGAAACACUUGUCAAACCACAGGUGUCAACUCAUUAUUGGCUCGGGGCGUCUACGACUCUGCUUUUCCUCUGCAUGACGGUCCGUUUACAAGGCGAGGACGGAAAGAUCAGCGAAAUGACAGACAGCUCCUGCAUGAAGAAUGGGCAAACUAUGGAGCGAUGCAUAAAUACCAGCCUGUGGACUUGAUCAGGAAAUACUUUGGCGAGCAGAUUGGCUUGUAUUUCGCGUGGCUGGGUGUUUACACUCAGCUCCUGAUCCCUCCGUCUGUGUUGGGCAUCAUUGUCUUCGUGUACGGCAUAUUCACCGUGGAUGCCAACGUACCAAGUCAGGAAACGUGCGACGACCACCUGAACAUCACCAUGUGUCCACUGUGUGACGGAGUGUGUGACUACUGGCGCCUCAGCUCCGUGUGCUCACUCGCCCGAGCCUCAUACUUGUUUGACAAUGGAGCCACUGUCCUGUUUGCUAUUUUCAUGUCUUUGUGGGCUGCCUGUUUCCUUGAGCACUGGAAAAGGCGACAGAUGUGUCUGAAACAUACCUGGGACCUGACGAGCUUGGAGGAUGAAGAGGAGCGAGUCCAGGAGGAGCUGAGGCCUGAAUAUGAAGACGCUCUGCAGGAGAAAAAGGCGAAGAUGAAAGCGCGGUUGAAGAAGAAGAUGACUCACUCUGAAGACGGUGCAGACGGAGAAAGAGACCAGAUGCUGGCCUCCCAGCAGGAGCCAGAGUCUCUGGACAUCGAGGAUCACCUGUCAGGUUACCUCAUCAAUGUGUCCACCUUACUACUACUGAUCUUUGUGACCUUCUCAGCAGUCUUUGGUGUGGCUGUUUAUCGCAUCUGCAUGUUGAGUGUGUGGUCCAUGAACCCUGAUCCUGAAGCCAAGGCCAGCGUGAGGAUGACCGUCACAACCACAGGCAUCAUCCUCAACAUGCUGGUGGUUCUGGUGCUGGAGGAAGUUUAUGGAGCCAUCGCAGAGUGGCUGACGGAACUGGAACUCCCAAAGACAAAUGAAGAAUUUGAAGAGAGGAUGAUCUUCAAGUCUUUCUUUCUCAAGUCCAUGAACUCCUUUGCACCCAUUUUCUAUGUGGCCUUUUUCAAGGGCAGGUUUGCUGGGCGCCCUGGCGAUUAUGUUUAUGUCUUUGGCGACUAUCGGAUGGAGGAAUGUGCUCCUCCAGGCUGCCUCAUUGAACUCUGCAUCCAGCUCAGCAUGAUCAUGCUUGGGAAGCAGCUCAUUCAAAACAACGUGUUUGAGAUUCUCAUACCUAAACUGAAAAAGAUGUACAGAACGAUGCAGGUGGAAAAGGGGAAGAAGAGAGCGGCAGAGGCCGACGACGACAAUGAGAGCAAAGCGGAGGAGAAGAGGACAAAGCAGCAGUUUGACAAAGAUAUCGCCCUUGAACCCUUUGAAGGUGUCAGCUCAGAGUACAUGGAAAUGAUAAUCCAGUAUGGUUUUGUAUCACUCUUUGUGGCCUCAUUCCCGCUGGCUCCAGCGUUUGCUCUACUCAACAACGUCAUUGAGAUUCGUCUCGAUGCUGCUAAAUUUGUCACUGAGACACGGCGGCCUGAUGCUGUGAGGUGUAAAGACAUAGGGAUUUGGUACAACAUUCUCUGUGGAAUCAGCAAGUUCUCUGUCAUUACAAAUGCAUUUGUCAUCUCCUUCACAUCAGAGUUUGUUCCAAGAAUGGUUUAUCAGUACAUGUACAGUGUAAAUGGCACCAUGAACGGCUACACAGAACACUCACUGUCCUACUUUAAUGUCAGCAACUUCCCAGCGGGCACUGCGCCCAACACCACCCUCAUCUCCGGAGUCUCCAUGUGCAGGUACAAGGACUACAGAGACCCACCGUGGGCCCCAGAUGCCUACACCUUCUCCAAACAUUACUGGUCUAUCCUGGCAGCAAAACUGGCCUUUGUAAUAUUUUUCCAGAACCUUGCUAUGUUCCUCAGCAUGCUGGUUGCCUGGAUGAUCCCUGAUGUUCCUCGGUCUCUGCGGGAGCAGCUGAAGAAGGAGAACAUGAUGCUGAUAGAGUUCCUGCUGAAUCAAGACCAAGAAGCUUGUGCCAAAUCUCACUCUGCAAGACACUCCAUAUGCUGCUUCCCUGCCAUCGUAGACAUUGUGGUGGAGGCUCCACCAGAAGAGCAUGAGGAGCAGCAACUGGAGGAGGAGGAGCAGGAGGAGAAAGAAGAGUCUGAGGUCAAUCUGGAUCGACUCAGAAUUAUGAGUGACAGUGAUCCAGAGUUUGGGAAGACAAUUCAAGAAGUUGAAGAAAAUGCACAAAUACUGUGCAAAGAGGAAGAGGAGGAUGAGGGCAGAGCGGUGCAAGGAGGAGAAAAUGAAAACGAAGUCGUAAAUGACGGGGCUGCAAACGGGGAUGAUGAGCCAGAGGUGCUGAAAGACAUUUAUGAAGAAGACAAUGAUGUGAAAGCAGAUGAGAUGUUUCUGGAUCUUGAUGCCAUCAUGAGUGAGCUGGGCCUGUUCGAUGAGGAACCUUCUACAAGCAAAGCUAUGAAUCUUCCUCAACUAGGCUCUGAACAGGAAAACCUGACAGAGCCCGAGGCCUCGUCAUCUAACAGAGGCUCAUCUCAAAGUCUGAGGGCCUUCAAGGCAGAUGUUACCACAUCAGACACUGACAGCAGGCUCUUCUCACUGAUUGCUCCUCCACCUCCGAGAGAUCCAGGCUUAAGGUCAAAGGCUCGUUGCUCAACCCUGCCUUCCCAUCACAGAGGGGCUGAGGUUUGUUACGGACUGCCACGGACCAGCCACUCCACCAGCCUCACCAGGUUUCAGCAAUCAGCCACACUCGCUCCUCUGUGCGGGGCGUCACUAUCAGCAUCAUCGAGUUUGUUUUCUCCCCCACACACACCAGCAUCACCUUCACCUUUACAUCCUGCACAGUCUCCAACAGUCAACACCGUGUCCCCUCAGCCCAAAGCCUCCAGUGAACUGUUCGCGCUGAGAGCUCCGCCACACCAACAGCCACGCUCCAGGGGCAAAGCCCGUUGCUCCACCCUGCCGCCACGACAGAGAGUUCCUGGUCCGGAGGAGGAGCUCUCCACCAAGACUAGCCAUUCCACCAGCUUCCCAAAGCUGGGAGACCAAAUCCCACCUUCACCCAGUGAACUAAAACACAAUACGCCCGUAUGAGGAGAGAGCAAAGGAAAGAGGGGUGAGGGCAAGAUAAGUCUCGCCUGUCUGUCCUCUGCAGAGGGAAAGAUUCCAUCCAGAUCAUUUAAAGACGUUUUUUCAGGCUGAUCCAGACCAGGGACAAUUCAGAGAAAGACUGCUCUGAAACUCUCCUUUACAUGAACUCUUUGUAUUGUUUUCUUCUUUUGUUUGUUUGUUUUUGCUACAUUCACAGCUCACUAGCCUCUGCCUCUCUGUUAUUUUCAGUCCCACACAUGCAGCAGUGCUGCUUGUAGACCAGAGGGAGAUGGAAACUUACAGUACACAGCACAUUUAGGAUCACCAAAUAUGCUUUUAGAUCCCGUGUCUAUUUAU